AUGUUCAUUUUACUCUGUGCGUUUCUUCUUCUUCUUCUUAUUAUUAUUAUUAUUAUUUUCUUUGACCGUUUAGAAAUUGCAAUGAAUGUUUUUGCUGCUCUGGUAACAGGAGCUCGAUUUGAUCCCAACAGGCAUGGUGCCGCUAUGAAGCGUUUCCGCUCGGACUCUACGAGUAAAGAGUGCCCUACAGCCCCUGCCACUCCAUUGGCCGACGGGUCUGCUGUGAUGAUACCCACCCCCAGUCGUACCCUUGACAUUUUUGGCUCCACUAACAGUUCAAAGUUAACAGAGGACGCAAGUUCAACAAAUGUGAAGUUACCAAAAAAUAAUACUAAUCACACUCUCCUUCCAAGUAUGAGUGCUAAGAAAAAAAGAAACAUAUGGCGCAAAAAUGAGUUAGAAGUCGAAGGAAUAGAUAUUCCACAACCUAUUGAACAUUUUUCAGAUUUGGUUCGUCCACCAUUAUCUGUUGAUGAACGCCUCGUCACAAAUCUUUUUGAGCGAAAUCACCGCAUUCCAACUCCGAUUCAAAUGCAAGCUAUACCUUCUUUAAUCAAUAAGAGAGAUAUACUGGCAUGUGCUCCAACCGGCUCUGGCAAAACAAUUGCUUUCCUUGUUCCUAUGUUUCAUUUGUUAAAAUCCCCUAACCCUGAAUCUGGUGUGCGUGCACUUAUUGUAACACCAACGAUGGAACUUGCUGAACAAAUUGAAAGGGAAAUAUUUUUUCUUAUGAAAGGCCAGAGGUGGAAACUUGUUCAACAUGGACAAUCCACACGGAAGAAAGAUAUAUUUGUUACUACACCUGGGCGUGUAUCUUCAAUGAUGGAAAAAAAACUCAUCGAUCUGAGUAGCAUUCAAUAUCUUGUAUUUGAUGAGGGGGAUCGUUUAUGGGAUUCUACAACAGAUAAUAUCAAGAUUGUAGAUUCUCUCCUUACAGCAUGUACAUGUAAGGAAAAAGUUGUUGCAUUAUUUACUGCUACACUCAGUGCAAAAAUUGAGACUAUAGCUCGUUCCGUAAUGAGUCCAGAUCCUAUCCGUAUUAUUGUUUCUGGUCGUGCAUCAGCCAAUAAAAAUGUCUCUCAGGAACUUGUGUUUUGUGGUAAUGAACUUGGAAAAAUUGUGGCUAUGCGCAACAUUAUACGUGAAGGUAUUACACCACCAGUUCUUAUUUUUGUUCAAAGUAUUGAGCGAACAAAAGAACUUUAUGACGAAAUAAGAUGUCAGGGACUUCAUAUUGCAGUAAUGAACUCUAAAAUGACUCAUGAGGAACGAGAUGAGACCAUGAUGAAUUUUCGUCUUGGGAAUAUAUGGGUACUCGUUACAACAGAUCUUCUUUCUAGAGGAAUAGAUUUCAAGAAUGUUGGUACUGUUAUAAAUUUUGAUAUUCCAACUACUAUUGAGUCCUAUAUUCAUCGAAUUGGAAGAUGUGGAAGAGCAGGAAAAACUGGCAAGGCUAUAACUUUUUUUACUGAAGAUGAUAAACAACGAAUUCCACCAAUAGCUCGCAUAAUGAAAGAGUCUGGUAACGCUGUUGAGGAUUGGAUGCUUGAAAUAAAAUCAGAUCGACAGACACGUCGUCGUCUACAAAGGACUACACCGCACAGAAUGAUCGUUAAUACGAAAAAGAGGAUGCUAGUCGCUGACCAGCGCAUGCAAAGGCAACUACGAAGGUUGGAACAGGAAGCUACUAAUCCCGAUAGGGAUGAAUCAGAAGAUGACACUGCCUAG